AAGAAUCAGUGGGGAUGGGGUGUUUGUAUCUUCUGAUUGUUGUGUUUCACUUCACUGCAGGCUGCUCUCUCUCAGGAGAACAGAUGUUAAAACACGUUACAGGACACACUGGCGGCUCAGUACUGCUGCCCUGCUCCUGCGCUGACCCUCAGGCCAAACCUCAGAGAGUCACCUGGAAGAUUAACAGAAGUGGGAAAGAGUGGACUGAAGUGUUCAGUGCUGAUGAGUACAGAGACAGACUUCAGCAGUUUAAUGAGGACUCUCCUGCUAAUCUCUCUCUGCUCAUAUCUGACCUGAGAGAAGAAGAUGAUGGAGAAUACACGUGUGAGACUGAGAAGGAAAGCAGAGAAUUCUGGCUGUAUGUAAAAGGUUGUGAUCUGGCGAAUGCUGGAGAGAUAGAGGAAGUGACUAGGUUCUCAGGAGAGUCUGUAGUCCUGCUCUGCUCCUGCACUGACCUACAGACCAAACCAAACACUGUUAAAUGGGAGUUUAGUUCAGAUAAAUCUGAAUACUCUCACUACGUAGAAAUCUACUCUGCACAGACUGGACAACACCGAGACAGAGUUAGACUGACCAGUAAGAACCCAGGAAACCUCUCUCUACUCAUAUCAGACCUGACUGAAGAGGAUCAGGGAGACUACAGGUGUUCAGUUCAGAGAGAUCAUAAAUUUGUCAGACUUCAUGUUAAAGUGAGAGAAACUCCAUCACACUUAUGGACAACAGACCCAACAACAACACCAUCCACGACUGAAAGUGAGAGAAUCAUGUUGUGUGUUGCACGUUAAUCUUCACUAAAACCGAUAAAGCAAUGUACACGUGCUGAUUUCCAUCUGAAGAAAGAAUGAAUCCACACUCACACUGAUCUCUCUGCAGGGCUUCCACUGAACUAUUCACUGCUUUAUGGAAAUACUGCCAUAUCUGACCUAAAUAAGAUCAGACCUUAAUGUCUCCUCGUCUUCCUUUAAUCACACCACUGAGAUUGAACUCAUUCUGAUGCUCAUCCUUAACACUGAUUUAAUCUAAAUACUUCUGCAUUUUCAUCACUUUCUAACCACAACUUUACAUUUUUAUAUUAGAGACGGAGCUCAGAGCCUU